GGUCCCCUUUGCCCCGGGUGUGGCGCAUUGGAUAAUCAGCCGGCCGGCCCUGCCCUCCCCACGGCCACCGACCAGGCAGAGGCGACGGGAUCGAGCCGGGCACGAGCAGAGGCGAGGCGAGGCCGCGAGGGAGGAAGGUGUCGUCGCGAGGACGCACAAGAGGGGGGCAAAAAAAAGGGCCUUUUUGCGUCGAUCCAGGUCGUCAAACGUGCCAGUGAGGACGAAUCCAAGCACACGCCCCGACUCUGCUUGGCUUGAAACUGCAGCGGAGCCCCCAAAGGCCCCCGACUGAAACUGCCCCCGCGACCACGAGCGCACCUAAACCCCGCCCGCCCGCCCGCCCGCGUCUCCUCGUCGCCGGGAAGAAUCUUCGCCUUCGCGAAGUCUCUCCAGUCUCCAGUCUCCACUCCCCAUCGCCGCCGCUUCCUCGCGGGGACUCGGGAGCAAUGCAGCUAUACCACCACCCCUAUUCGCUGGACAGUCAGAAAGUGCGAAUGGCACUGGAAGAGAAGGGCAUUGACUACACCUCAUAUCACGUCAAUCCACUCACGGGCAAAAACAUGAAUGUGGACUUCUUCCGCAUGAACCCUUCAGCGAAGCUCCCAGUCUUCCAGAAUGGAGCGCACGUAAUCUAUCGCGCCAUCGAUAUUAUUCAGUACAUAGACAGGCUUGCAGUGCAUUUAAGUGGUGAAAUCGCCCCUGUGAAUACUGAGGUUCACCAAUGGAUGCAGAAAGUUGAUGCUUGGAAUCCUAAGAUGUUCACCCUCACGCACACCCCGGUCAAGUACCGUGCGUUUGUCUCCAAGUUCAUAAGGCGGGUGUUGAUUGCUCGCAUGGCUGAUGCCCCUGAUUUAGCUAGCAUGUAUCAUGUCAAGCUCCGUGAGGCUUAUGAGACUGAGGACAAAGUGAAGGACCCUGACAUCAUGAAGCAAAGCGAGGAAGAACUGAGCAAACUCCUUGAUGAAGUUGAAUCUCAGCUCAGCAGGACCAAAUAUCUCGCUGGCGAUGAAUUCUCACCUGCUGAUUCGAUGCUUAUCCCUAUUCUUGCGCGCAUAACUCUUCUGGACCUUGAUGAUGAAUACAUCAACUGCAGACCCAAGAUACUUGAGUACUACAAUUUGGUGAAGCUGCGGCCAAGCUACAAGAUUGCCAUUGGCAAAUACUUUAGUGGAUGGAAGAAGUAUCGGACUCUCUUCAAGACAUCGUUCUUUCUUUGCGUUCGAACCCUGUUCAGGAAGUACUAGAUAGUCCAGCAGCUGAAAUAGCUGAAUCAGUACCUUGUGAACUGACUUGUAUAGUGAGUUUUGGCUAAAAAAUCAUCUGUACAUCUUCCAUGUGACUUUUUGUGGUCUUGAGUUCUGUUUUCACCUGUAAAACCAAAUACGUUUGUUUGCUUGUAUAUUUCUGCUUCAUGUUGUUUGCAGAAAUGCAUGUUAUAGAACUGUAUACAGAAUAGGCCUAAGUAUACAUUUCGGUUUUUGUCACUUGUUCUAGUCCAAUUCUUGUCUGAAAUAAAUUAUUGUUGACUUGA